AUGGACAUGAAAAAGAUGCAUAGUACGGUAACAUCGUCUAUGCAAACACCUUGAAAUAACCUUCAGCUCAUUAUCCAUUGGGAUUCCGUAAAAUCGACAUUGUCGUCUCUACGACUUCGACGCAUGCCAAAAGGACUUUUCGCAUCAGAACAGUUGCCAAUGUCCAGUGGGAGAUUGAAAUGAAUGUGACGGAAAGCCGAGAUGUGAAGAAAUUGCUUGUCACGCUGAGCACGACGUCGCUGAAACUGCCCACCGAAACUGUCGAUUUGACCUACGAAAUGUAUCUAAAGAAUAAGAUAAACGCUCGAGAUGAUAUCAAGAAGUACGGCGAGAAGCAAUUCAGCAAAAACGAUGUUAAUAUUCAAUUUGAACUGGACCACUUCGACAAGAUUCUCGAGGAGAAAAACGGGUUCAGUAUCAACAAACAGAUGACUUUCGAGUUCUUCGUCACAGUGAAAGGCACCAGGAUUGUUGAUUGUGUCGAGUUGAUGGAUUUGUACACCCGGGAUCCGAUGAUCAACGAUUCGGAAGUGAUUGUGAAUGGAAUAACUUUGUACAUUUCCAAACCGGUGGCCUAAUUUUUGAGAAUGAUUAACAUCGGCUGUUUUCAGUUCCUUUCGCUUCAAUCUUCCGAGCUCAAACAACGUAUCGAAUCUGAAAAUUCACACGAAGAAAAAGUUCAGUGGGACAUGACGAAGUACGCUUUCGAAAGCGUGUAUGACUUCCUGCAGAUUGCACAUGGUGUCGACUUGUGCUUGGAUGGUAAAUUGAAACGUUUUUGAAUGCUAAAAUAUUAAAUUCAGGAGAUAAUUUCAAUACAAUUGUCGACCUUGCUGCGUAUUUCCAUGCACCGCGAAUCACCGAGUAUUGCAAAAAUAACCUGAUUAAAUCGAAAGAGUGGAACGUCAACAAGAAGUAUGACAUUUCCGAAAAGCACAAGUUCUGGGAUGUGAUUGUGAGUUUCAUGGCUUCAACAUGCUCCAUUGAGAAGCUCCGUAUUUUCAGCCCACUCUCUUGACAAACGCAAAAAGUUUGGCAGAUGUCAAAAAACAAAAUUGGCAUCUUGCACUUUUUCCGGAUGAAAUAAUAACGUUGGUGACUCGCAGAAUCUUUGCUCUCACCAAAAAUAAUUGAUCCUGAUGUGAUAAAAUUUUGGAAACUCGUGAAUGUUUUGUAAAAAAAUGUAUAUGUGAAAAUGAUCAUGAUUCCUCUGGGUCACUGACAAUCUUUCCUCAAAAACUAUACGAAUGUUUUGAAAUGAUUCACUCUACUAUAUAUUAUUAAGUUGGUAUAAAAGGGAGGGUUAACCUGCUGAAAAAAUCAUAGCUUCAAAAUGUUCCGACUUUUUUUCCUCUGCUCUCUUCUCGUGUCAGCCUUCGGCAGAUUGUCUGAAAACGACUACAUCACCAAAAUCAACGAGGAUGAGGAUUCUGAACAGUGCAAGGAGGAAGUGACUCAUUUCAAAGGAUGCUUCAAAGAUUUCAACGAUGAUGUCGACAAAAUUGGCACUGUUGUAGAAUCGUGGACCGAAGCAACGGCUUCAGGGAAUUGUUGA